AUGGCUUUUGCAGGAACCUGGUUGUAUGACCGAUCGGAAAAUCACGAUGCCGUCAUGGAAAAACUCGGUGUUCCCGAAGAGACUCGUGUUUUAAUAAGGAACGCAAAGCCCAAGCUUGAAUUUAGCAAAACAGCGGACGGUGAAGGCACAAUGAAGAUUAUCGGCGAUAAGAAGACACUGGUGAUAAAUGCUAAAAGAGACGAAGACUACGACUCGCCGACUAGUAUCGUGAGUGACAAAACCAGAAGAGUAAGAACAGAGAAGAUAUCUGAUACCAAGUUCGUCACAAGGGGCACAGGUGACCAGUCCCAGGUAAUUAACCGGGUCAUCGAAACACGUGAAAUUAUCGACGGUGUGUUGGUGGUAUCAUACGAAGUUGACGGUGUCUCGUGUAAGCGUUACUUCAACAAAGUAUAG